AUAAAAACAUCAGUUUUAGCUGUCUGUCUGUAAUACACACUGAGUAUUAUAGACAAUUUAAAGGAAAGAAAACACCCUUUCCAAAAUGUUAACAACAUGUAUUAAGUUUAUACGCUUGGAUUUCAAAAUAAAAUACCACCGAAUGUGCUCAACUGUUCUAGAAAGAUGAUCCAAUAGAGGGGAAAGUACUUCCGGUUCAUUCGUUUUUUCUCAAUAAGUCGUUUUAGCUGAAGGAAAUUAGGAGUGACGCGCUUAAAUUCUACGUUAAAAAAUAUUAAAAUGUUUCUUGCAUAUAUUUUUUUCUAAUUCUGGCCGUCGAAAUAACAAAAAGAGCAGUGCUGGAGUUUUUUUUCUCUUACACAAAACCGGAAGUUGUUGUCCGCCUGCUGCUCGCGUGUGCACUGACAACAACAGAUUGUCAGGUUGGCAGCAGAGGGAGAGAGACAGAGGAGAGGCUGCAGGGUCGUUUAACUACACACAUAAGGGCUAAACAUUCACGUUACUAAGCUUAACGAACCAAAAACGGCCUCUCGUGUGAGUGUCGUUUCGCUUUAAUGUAACAACCGUGUGGUGAAACUAACCUACACUUCUUUUUUUCACAGUUCCUCGAGUGAGCGUUGCUCUUUUGAGGAGCUAGCCUCUCAAGCUAGCAGACUAGGGGCAUCUCUAACUUUAUUGACAGGUUUGAGUCGUCUCGCUCGUUCUCUAGCUAAUGUAUAGAUUGUGUGCGAGUUGUCAGAGCUAUGGAUAGGUUGUGAAGUUGUCAAGAGGUCGCCAGUGUGAGCUGGUUUGAACAGCCGUGUUGUCCAGUAUGAGCGCAUCAGCUGGGGACGGGGAGCCCGGGCUCCCCUUCGAUAUGGAGGAAGUCAGUGGCCCUACCUGCACGGGAGAGAACAGCAGACAUGAUCCUGCAGUAUGUGCAGGCACCAGUGAAAUAAAGAGCCGUGCUGUGGUGAAGUACUCUGCCGCCCCACCUCCUACCAGCUACGCCCUCCUGCAGGAGAAGACGGACCUGAAGCUGCCUCCUGCCAACUGGCUGAGAGAAAACCCCCAGCUGGGCACCGCUGGUACCACUAUAUUAGGGUCCAGCAGCAAGAGCAAGCCUUUUUCCAGUUUUGGCAUGGCGUACGAUUUCAUCGACUGCAUCGGGGAUGAUGUUGACGUGGUGUCAGACUCGGAGAACAUCAAGAAGCUUUUGAAAAUUCCCUACAGCAAGUCCCAUGUCAGUAUGGCCGUUCACCGCGUUGGGAGGACAUUGUUAUUAGAUGACCUGGACAUUCAAGAGCUCUUCAUGAGAUCCUCUCAGACAGGAGAUUGGACAUGGCUGAAAGAGUUUUACCAGCGGCUAAUAGAUCAGAAGUGGCAGAGGAAAAAGAAGAGUAAAGAGCACUGGUAUCAGAAAGCUAUCCUGUCAAAGUUCCUCUACUACAGUAUAAAUGGUGACGGUGCUGCAGAGCCUGUAUCAGACAACCUGGAUGAAGGGGAGGAAGAAAAUGGAGCAGAGGAGUUCAAUACUUCAUGGCCCACUGCCUUCACCAGUGCAUCGUCUGAUGCAGAAGAAGCAGAUGCACCAAAACAGGAAAGUAUCGACAGCCAGUUUGCUCUGGGCCAGGUGACAUCUGUACCCAAAGAGCAAAACCUCCCCAUGCUGUUCAACGAAGGCGAGAACAGUCAGGGUUUACGAAACGACUUUGUGCGAAACAUCAUGUGGACGUUUGAGGAUAUCCACAUGUUGGUUGGGUCCAACAUGCCUAUUUUUGGAGGUGGUCGCUAUCCUGCCGUCAGUCUGAGACUCAGGGACAACAAUAAACCAAUCAACAUUCUGACAGGUAUGGACUACUGGCUUGACAAUCUGAUGUGUAACGUCCCGGAGCUUGUCAUGUGCUUUCACGUCAAUGGCAUUGUUCAGAAAUACGAGAUGAUAAAAACAGAGGACAUCCCUCACCUGGAGAACUCGACUUUCUCCACGAGGGUGGUGAAAGACAUCGCCCAAAACGUCCUCUCCUUCCUCAAAUCCAACUGCACCAAAGAGGGUCACACCUACUGGCUCUUCAAAGCGAGUGGGAGUGACAUUGUGAAGCUUUAUGAUCUUACUACUCUGUGUGAGGAGGCUGAAGAAGAGAAAUGUCAGAAUCCCUUCACUCUUCCUGUGGCUGUGCUGCUAUACAAAGUUGCCAGCAACUUGAUGCUGAAGGCGAGGCAAAACAGAAAGCACUACGGCACAAUCAGGACUCUGCUCUUAAACUGUGUCAAACUUCUGGAUGAGGAGAGGCAUCCGCAGAUCAUCGCCUCAGCCCACUACAUGCUGUCAGAGCUGUUCCAGCUCGACGAGCCUCCUCAAGAAGACGGAGGGGAGUCGCUUCGGGCCGGCGGCUCGGAGGACAGCUAUAGCGACGAAGACAGGGAGGAGGAAGAGGAGGAGGAGGAGGAGGAGGAGGAGGAGGAAGAAGAGCUGACAGAGGACAGUGAUGAGAACUCCUACAGCUCACAGGAUGAUAGUAAAGCUGUGGCUGUGAUCCGCUCUGUAGGGGAGCUGUCGGUCCCGGAGAAAUACAAAUCCACUCACCAGAUCAGACCCAGUUGUGCUUUCCCUGUCUCUCAAGACAAGGAGGAGAAAUGCAGACACGUCCUGAGCUACGUACUUAAGGGGUUGAAGGCAGUGGAUGGCACCAUAAAGAAGGAGAGUGAUCUCCCAGCUGCAGACCCGAACACGCCUAUUCCUCUUAAAUAUGAGGACAGAAGUGCGAAUGGAGCCUGUGCUGCUGAGACGGGCAUCUCUCUUCUUCUUGAAAGAGCGGGGCCAUUACAGAUGGACAAGAAGUAUCCAACACGCUCGGGGAUGAUCCCCGGCUCAUGGCAGCACCGCAUGAAGCUGCAGCUCUUCCUCAAAGCCUCGAAGGCGUACUACGUCCUGUCUGAUGCAGCCACUAACCUGCUGAAGUACGGAAGAGCUUUGCGCUACAUCAAGCUCUCUCUGCAGAGUUAUGAUGCCUACUGUUCGGUGAGCGGUACACUGCACCCGCAGGUGCUGCUGUUUCACAGUCAGUGCCUGUCUCUCUGUGGGGACAUCCAGCUGAUGUUGGCCCAGAAUGCCAACAACAGAGCAGCUUACCUGGAGGAAUACAGCUACCAGACCAAAGAGGACCAGGAGAUCCUGCACAGCCUGCACAGGGAGAGCAGCUGCCAGGCUUUCAACAUGGCAACAGACCUGGCAACGGACCCAGAGUACACACUCUUUGUUAGCAAUAAGUGCUACGAGGCAGCAUAUGAACUACUCGACUCAGAGGCUCUGAAAGAUCAUGGCCCAGAUCAGCUGACGCAGGUGCUCAAAAGGCUCGGAAACAUCCGCAAUGAGAUGGGAGUGUACUACAUGAACCAGUCUGCAGCCAUGCAGACUGAAAAAGAAGUGAAGAAGUCGGUGUCUGUAGCAGAGCAAGAGAUGUGGAAGAAGAGUUUUGCCUUCUUUGAGAAAGGCAUGAAGGACUUUGAAGCCAUUGGGGACAGGACCAACACAGCCCUGCUGCUGUGCAAUACUGGCAGGUUAAUGAGAAUCUGUGCUCAGGCUCACUGUGCCAUGUCAGCCGACCAGAGCAGAGGGGAGUUCUCACCUGAGGAGGCCCUCUACUACAACAAGGCCAUAGACUACUACUUGCGGGCUAUGAGAUCACUGGAGAGCAGAGAGAGCCACACGGCAGUGUGGGACAGCGUGAACUGGGAGCUGUCCACUACCUAUUUCACCCUGGCUACGCUUCUGCAGGACUAUGCUCCAUUAUCCAGGAAGGCUCAGGAGCAGAUCGAGCGGGAGGUAACCGAGGCCAUGAUGAAGUCCCUGAAGUACUGUGACCUGCAGACUGAGUCGGCUCGUCAGCCGCUCUACCAGUACAGAGCUGCCACCAUCCACCACCGCCUGGCCUCCAUGUACCACAGCUGCUUCCGCAACCAGGUGGGGGAUGAACACUUGAGGAAGCAGCAUCGGAGCCUGGCAGAACUCCACUACAGCAAGGCUGUCUGUUUGUUCCUCAGCCUCAAAGAUGCCCCCUGCGAGCUGCUCCGCACGCUGCUGGAGAGGGUGGCCUUUGCCGAGUUUACUAUGGCAGGUCAGAGCAGCAGCGCGGCUAAGCUAAAGAGCCUGACUGGAGCGAUAGAGAUCAUGACAGAAACUCGCCAUGCUUUCCAGAUGAUUCACAACGAGCUGCUGGAGGAGUUGAGGGAAACAGAACCUGCUGAAUCAGUAGAGUCUCUUGACGUGGCCAGUGGGCCCACCUCAGGACUGAAUCUCCAGGAAGUAAUGAAGUUAAUUGGCGUAUUUGAGCCGAGUUUCUCUUUCCUGCUGCUGCAGCUGAUCAAACUGAUGACCACGAUGAAACGGAAACCAAGCAAUAAGGAUGAGGAGGUGUUGAAGACCUAUAAGAAUGUGUACUCCAAGCUGCUGCGCGCUGAGAAAAAUGCACCUCUUCUCAGCCGGGUCAAACUCCACAUGGAGCUCCUGCAGCAGCUGACCCCAGAGACAGGAAGUGAUGACACAGGUACGCGUUCUUGAUAAUGGCGCAGCAAGGAGGACAUUGAAGACACCGUGCCGAACACCUGGAGAAGACUUGACACUUGUCUUCUGAAAAACACUUACAGGAAACAGUGAUUUAUAGACCCAUUAUCAACAGGCACAUGCUCAGGCAACACUGUCUUACUCUGAAUUACAGUUUUAAAGCUAAUUUCACCUCCUGCGCCUUUAAAAUGAAUCCUUCUUUUUCUAGCAUUUGCAUCAUAGGUUUUGAAUUGUACAUUUUUGUGAAAAGACUUGUAAAUUCAGAAAAUAUUAUUUAAUUUUCUUAUUUCUUACACAGUUCUUGCUCAUAUGUAAAGCUCCUAUGUGUAGGUAUUUGUUGUUGACUGUACCAAACAUCACCCGAACAUCCUAAUUUUUGUACAAACAUGCGGCAAAAGAAACACGUCUGGUACAGUCACAUGAUGUCUACACAUAGGGGCUGAGAUAAGUCAUUGAGUACAUGCUUGGAAAACAGUUAAUCUCAAUAUAUAAUUGGUGUUUUUGAUAUUCAAUAAUACCAAUAAUGCUGUGAAUAAAGUUGAAGUGUGAUUGAGGGCUGACAUGUUAAAAUAAGCUUUUAACGCGUUACUUGCUUUCCGAAACAGCUGCGUGCAAUAGUUUGGCAACAUUCAAUGCAAACUCAGAGGCUAGUUUGUCCACAUUGCUGUAUGUAUACAUGUGAGUUUAUAUCAGCAUGGUUUGCUGUGACAUGAAAAUAAAAAAGUUUUUAAAUUUUA